CUCUCUCUACACACACUUGCUAGGGUUGUACAAGUAGUAUACACGUACUUGAGUAUCUGGGCUGGGAUUGGUGCAAUGGAGCAGCACAACAGCACAUUAAUCAUUCCGCCGAGCAGUAGUGAAAUAGCUGCACCUCCUCCAAUUCUCUCACCACCUUGGGGGAGACCGCAGCUCUGUCCUGCCGUGCUCUCCCUGCACGCCAUGGAUCCCAACAGCGAGGGCGGCGGCGGCGGCGGCGAGGGCGAGGGCGACCUGGACCUAAACCUCUCCCUGCAGCCGUCCUUGGCGCCCGAGCCUGAGCCGCCAGGAUACUUCUCCUGCACCUACUGCGACAAGAAAUUCUACUCCUCGCAGGCGCUCGGCGGCCACCAGAACGCCCACAAGUUCGAGCGCAGCGUCGCCAAGCGCGCCCGCGAGCUGGCCGCCGCUCGCCGCCCCGCGGGCCAUGGCGGCGAGAGCGGCGGCGCGACCGAUGAGGAGGCUAGGAGGGGCAAGGAACUGGGCAUUGCUGCGCAGGGAUCGACGGCAAGCUCGUCGACACAGCAGAUCGGGGAGGCGCCGGAGGCAAGAAGGGAUCUCACCGAAGAGAUCGACCUCUCCCUCAAGUUAUGAGUUCCUGCUCCUGUCAUCGUCCUUGAGGUCCUCAUCAUCACCUCGAGGCUCGAGCAAGCAAUCAGUUACCGAUCCAUCCUCAGAGUUCUUGUUAUAUAUGUUUGUGUGCUAAUGAUUAAAGCUUUUUUGAUUAAUUUCCUUGCCAUGCAUCGACUCAAAGCAGGUUCUUGAUGGUUUUCCUUGAUCCCCUCCUCCACCCCUUGCCCUUAAUUUCUGCUUCUUCUCCAUCUCCUCUCCAGUUCACCUCUUCUUCUUUCAUUUUAUUAAAAUUCUACCGGGACAUGAGAUUUACUUAUCAUUAAUUGCCAUGUAAAGCCUAGAAAUGGAAACAUGGACAAAAGGAGAGAUUGAAGCCUCUUCAAGCA